AUGUGUCUUCAGUGUGGUCAGUGGUCCUCUUUGGGCAAAGUUGAGUAUGUAGACGAGUGAGCUGUGGGUUCAGCGAAUUCUUUUUGCUUAUGGAAUGUGUCUCUCAGUGCUUUGGUAUCCUGGAAACUUCAAAUGCAUAUGAUGAGAACAGUUCCCCCAGACAAAGUGUAGUUUGCAUUGUCAUAUAUGCUAUGAUAUCUAUAUUUUGAAAUUAUUCAUGGGGAAUUAACACAUUCAGCUAAGCAAAUUGCAAAUAUAAUUGUGCAUUCAAAAGCAGUGAACAUUUAUUGAGUCAGGCUUUGCAAUUACAUUUUGCUUUACCACUAGGGAACGCAAGUUUGCUUUUUCAUUACUUUUAAGUUCCCCAACAGUUCUUCAGCUGGCCCUCAUUGUAUCAGGUGUCGGUCCAGAGCUGCAUCACUUAACUCGAGCAAACGGGAAUGCACAGUUAGCUCAAUGUCUGCGGUUGCUCUGGAAAGACAGUACCUGUGGAGGCCUAAUCUGCAAGACCUCAGCUCGCACAUUCAACCACCUGCUUCUCUACAUCCCCCCACCUGCAUUUUAAACUCGCCGAGACAGCUUACUUAUUUACCUGCAGCCCAUUUAGCUGGUUCUCAUAACCUAAACACGUCAAUUAUCGCUGCCUCCUCCCAGAGUCAAAUUCUACCGUCUCACACAGAUAUUUCUUAUCAAAGUCAGUCUCUACAUUUAUCCAGCACCAGCUUGGUCAAGAAGCAUUCUGCUCUACAAAAUCCUACAGAGGGCCAUCCGCGAAGUCCUACGCUGGCCCUAAGCAUGCAUGCUCAGGCUAAUUCUGCUAGCCUCGUUUUCAAUGCUAUAGAAGACAUCCUCGCCCCAAGGAAGCUCUCCUCAGAGGUUCUGGAGCUAGAGCCUAGCUGUGCACCGCACAGUUUUGCUGCCAGUAUUCAUCACAGUACCUGUAGCCAAAACAGCGGGGCCACAACCACUUUAACCCACCUCAAAGCCAAUGACUCUACAGACUCGGACAAAAAUCCCAGCAGCUGCUGCUGCUGUAGAGGCAGAGGCUACAGCAAAGGUAACAGCGCUAGAGGCAUGGCUACUAAGUGUAAAGGUGUGAGCUUCCCAAGACGUCGACUCACAGACGAGGAAGGCUACAUUAGAAGGGCAGCUUGUGUGUGCCUCAACAAGGAAGAAACUCAGGUGAUGUUGGUGUCGAGCAAAAAAGACCCCUGCGUAUGGCUGGUACCGGGUGGAGGCUUAGAGCCAGGAGAGGACACAGUCACAGCAGCCAGGCGUGAGGCCUGGGAGGAGGCUGGGAUCCAGGGACACAUAGCUCGUUAUCUUGGACUCUUUGAGUCCUUUCAUCAUUCGGGACUCAAGAAGCAUCGGACAGCAGUGUACAUCUUCAUAGUGACUGAGGAACAUGCAGAUUUUCCAGAAGCGAGACUUGGUCGGCGGAGACAGUGGUUCAGCAUGGAAGAGGCACUUCUUCAUCUGGCUCGCCACCGUCCCCUACAGAGUGCCUAUUUGCAAUUCUUAAUGAUGUCUAAACUUAAGGUGGCAGCAGCAUCCUAGAUCUGACAAAGCUGGAGGCUGCUUUGCUGGAGAAGAAAGAUUGUGAGCAUUUGAACAUUCGAGAAAUUGAGGUGGAUGCAAAGGCUGCUUAAAUUUUUUUUUUUUUUUUAAAUUUUAUAGAAGUAGAAAUUCAGUAUGCACAUUCAGAAUAUACAUUCAGUGCUGUACACAAACAUUAGGAUUAUUAUCAGUUUUAUUGCUUUUAAAUUAAGAGAAAUGUAUAAACAUAUGUAUAUAUCUCAUAUGUAUACUAAAGUUUUAAAGAAUUUACAAAACUAAAAAUUCAAAUAUUGAGUUUAGUAUUUCACAAGUUUAGUACUGCAUACAUAGGUUUUGGUUAUAUUUAAUAUUUUAGCAAUAACAGAUUUCUGAAGCUAAAAUGUAAUAGUUACAGGACUAGUGUGUCAUCAAAAUUUAAAGCCCUUUAUUUUAAUUUUGACUGCAUAACUCUUAAUUUCUUAAUAAAGAGAUUAAGUCAAACAUGCUUUAUUAUAUAUAUUUCUUAUUACAGUAGUUUAAUUACUUUUUAGGAUUGUACAUAAAAUCAAAUGUGUAGCAGACACACCAGUAUUUCCAUUUGGCUCUUAUAAAUUUGAAUAUUAUUUAUGGCUUUUGUAUGGCUUAGUCAUUCUUCCUAGCACAGUCUGCUAACUCUCCUGUGUGGGAACCAGUUUUUGGACAGCAUGGAGGUGCUCCUAAGUGCCUUGUUCCUGAGUCACCGACACAACUUGGUGAAUAUUUGCUGUAUAUUUUGUAAUUAUUUUUAUACUAUGUAUUUCAUAUUUGGUGCUCAUAAGUGAUUAAGUUUUUCUAUUGACAACUUACUACCUUUAAGGUGUGUUUGAUGAACUGCCUUAAUCAUCAGAAUAUCAGUACAGUAACUACUUAGCUUAUAUAGUGGCAAGUUAACAUUUGCCACCAACAAUACUAUCAAUGGAUUCAUGAUAGUGAACUUUUGAUUUACCUAACCUCUACAUGACACUUUAGAAACAUUGGACAAGGUACAUCAGUUACAGAAUUGUCUGUUACUGUUACAAUCAUGGCAAAACAAUCUCAUCUCAAUCCACCAUAAGCACCAUUACCAAUCAUCCCUCACCACCUAUUUGUCCAGUAAAUUGAGGGUUUACUUAUAGUAGAAACAACAAUAUAGUAGUAUGGCAUUUUUUUUCUGAUUUCAUCAACUAGAGCCAGUCUUCAAUAUAUUUUGAGCAAAUUGAUUGGCAUCGCCAAGAGAACCAGUUACAGAUAUAUGUAGUAUCACCAGAAUAAUACAGAUUUGAAUUUACUUUGUUUGAGCAUAACAUAAAAUGGUUGAUUUAGUGGAAAUAAGAUAUAUACCAUUCUUUUGAAAACUAUUAUUAGCACUUCUCUAAAAUUCAGAAAAUUUAAUUCGUCAUAAUAAUCCAAAAGUCAUUUAUUCUUAUCAUAAUCAAGGUAAGUACUAAACUGUCUAAAAUUAAGUACGGCACAGUAUUUAAAGUGAUUAUUAUUCCUAAUGGUGAGAGCUAAAUCAAUAGAGAUCAUGUAGCCCCUGAAGAAUAGGAGGUAAUCAGACUCAUUUCAGAGAGGGUGAGAGCAGGUACAUUUACUUGAAUCAUUUAGUAUACUCUUCACCAGCAUCAAGAAAUCUCGAGAGAGAAAGUAAAUGAAACUUUCAGAUUUCAGCUCUUAAAAAAAAAUUGAAUUUGUUAAAGGCUAAUGUUUUGAAAAAGAAAUUUCACUGGGAUUUUAACCCAUGCCAUAUCUUCAUGGCACUGUCAUAUAACUAGUAAGCAGUACCCGUAUCCACUCGCCCACAACUGUAAUUAAUCCUUAUUAAGGUGGUUAUGGGUAUUUAGAACCACGCUUCAAUUGUUUGGCAAUAUCAGGCAAGUAUGGCAUGGGCUUGAAUCCCAGCUACAGCCGAUAGCAAUUAGAACCUGCCAUUAUUAGUGUCUGAGGAUAUUUUUCAUGAGCAUUGUAUUAUAUUGAUUGAAAAGGGGAUCACUGAUUUUAAGCCAAUAGAAUCAUUUUCAGUGUCAAAAGGAAAAGCCUUAGGAUGUAUUGGAAUUAAUUGUACAAAUAUAAUUACUAAUGUUAUUUCUAAAUACAGUGUAUUUAAUAUUUAAACCAGUACCUCAGUAUGAUAAUUGAAACUACAGUAUAACGUACAGUAACUUACAAAAAUAAAUCUGCACAGUAUGCAAAUUAUAAGGAUGAUAAAGCUAUGUAUUAAUGUUUUAACACCAGUAUUAUUGUCUUUAAACAACUUCUCUAUGAUGUACUAUAAAAAUCUUUCACUUUUUUUUUAAUGUAUUUAUGCCUAUAAAUAUUUAUAAACUGAAUUAAGUGUUAGUAUUUGGUUCUUGUGAAGUCAGACUUUUAGUAGUCAAGUAAAUGUAUAUUGAUAAGGAAUAUAUUGCAUAAUCUUUUAUAUAUUUUUACAGUUCAUGGGCUGAAGUUUUGUAUUCAGAUCAUCUACCCAACAGCCACUAUCAUGUGGUGCUAAGUCAGAUGCUAAGAACAACAUGCUGUAUUCACUGCUUAGAAAUAAUUAACAAUGCAGAUGUUACUUUCGACAACUAUUAUUAUUGCUACUGUAUAUAGUAGGUAGUAUGAUAUCAGCAGCCACUAAAUCUUAGACUUGUCCAGGUUCUGAACUGUAUACUAGCUUAAAUGAAGCACCACAUAUUCCAGUUAAUGGAAAAUCUGCUUGUACCAUUCUAGGUAAAAAAAAAUUCCAUCACAUCAGUUUAUACGUAUAAUAGAAAUGGCUUGGAUUAUGAUA